UUUUUUGGCGGGCUGGUGGGCUUUUUGUGUCCACUUCCCAAUGCUUAUUCCAACACCAUCUCACUGAACUUUACAAAUCUACCCCUAAAAUUAAUUCAUUUCUAAAGGUUUUUGUUUCUCUCUUCUCUUCUCUUCUCUUCUCUCUCUAUCUUUAUCCUUUUGCUUUUGAUGCUUCAUUCUCCCUUUUCAUUUUCCUCUCUGUAGCGUUUGUCCGUAGAAAACUCUCACCAAGGUUUCUUCUCAGAUUUGAAAAAAAAGAAAGAAAAGUUUCUACACCACGACAAAAUCCGUUUGGUUCUCCGACAGAUCUAACCUACAAUCUUUCGAAUGCCGUUGCAAAGAUCUCGAAAAACGGUGGAAAGCGAGGGUUUAUCUAAUGUGUGAGCCUCUCGUGAGCGAACCAAAAGUCUCAAACGGCGUCGUACCCGAAGCUACUCAAGUUAUACUAACCACCAGAAACGGCGUCGUUCCGAAGAACGUUCUAGAAGGAGACGAAGCGGAGAGAAGAGACGAUUUGUUGCUACUAACCCUAACUCCGAUGGUGCGAUCCAAAUCCCAAGGAGCCACCCAGCGCGUGACUCCCACGCCACCUCCGCCAGACGUAGAGAAGCCCCUACCUAACGGAGAUCUCUACACCGGCACCUUCUCCGGCGGGUUCCCGAACGGAUCGGGGAAGUACCUGUGGAACGACGGGUGUAUGUACGAAGGCGAGUGGAAGCGCGGGAAGGCGAGCGGGAAAGGCAAGUUCUCGUGGCCGAGCGGCGCGACCUACGAAGGCGAGUUCAAGUCCGGGAGGAUGGAAGGCUUCGGGACCUUCGUCGGCGCCGACGGAGACACCUACCGCGGCCACUGGAUCGCCGAUCGGAAACACGGCCACGGCGAGAAGCGCUACGUCAACGGGGACUUGUACGAGGGGACGUGGCGGCGGAAUGUGCAGGACGGGAAGGGGAGGUACGUGUGGAAGAACGGGAACCAGUACACCGGGGAGUGGCGCAACGGCGUGAUUAACGGGAAAGGCGUCCUCCUCUGGCCUAACGGGAACCGUUACGAAGGCCAGUGGGAGAACGGCGUUCCCAAAGGGCUGUUGACCUGUGCUGACGGGAGUUCUUGGAGUGAGAUGAGGAGUUUCUUUGAUGGGAUUGAGAAGAGGAAGAGAUCCAGCGUUGACAGUGGAGGUGGUGGUGCGGGGGAGAAGGUGUUUCCGAGGAUUUGUAUUUGGGAGUCGGAUGGGGAAGCUGGGGAUAUCACUUGUGAUAUUGUUGAUAAUGUGGAAGCUUCGGUGAUUUAUAGAGAUAGGUUGUCUGUUGAUAGAGAUGGGUUUAGGCAGUUUAGGAAGAAUCCUUGUUGUUUCAGCGGCGAGGCUAAGAAGGCUGGUGAGACUAUCUCCAAAGGGCAUAAGAAGUAUGAUUUGAUGCUCAACUUGCAACAUGGCAUCAGGUAUACUGUCGGCAAACAUGCUUCAGUUGUACGAGACCUUAAGCAGAGUGAUUUCAACCCGAGUGAAAAGUUCUGGACAAGGUUCCCACCGGAGGGUUCUAAGACUACGCCGCCGCAUCAGUCUGUGGACUUCCGCUGGAAAGACUACUGCCCUUUGGUGUUUAGACGGCUGAGGGAGCUUUUCACUGUGGAUCCUGCUGAUUACAUGUUAGCUAUCUGUGGGGACGAUGCUCUUCGAGAACUGUCUUCACCUGGAAAAAGUGGUAGCUUUUUUUACUUAACUCAAGAUGACAGGUUUAUGAUUAAGACUGUGAAGAAAUCAGAAGUCAAGGUGCUCCUACGCAUGCUUCCAAACUACUACAAACACAUCUGCCAAUAUGAAAACUCACUUGUGACUAAGUUCUACGGUGUACAUUGCAUCAAACCUGUUGGUGGCCAGAAGACUCGGUUUAUUGUCAUGGGGAACUUGUUCUGUUCAGAAUAUAGAAUCCAGAGACGGUUUGACCUUAAAGGGUCUUCCCAUGGACGCUCCACCUCCAAACCUGAAGCUGAAAUUGAUGAAACAACUACUCUUAAGGACCUUGAUCUUAACUUUUCUUUCCGUCUUCAGAGAAAUUGGUAUAAAGAACUAAUGACGCAAAUUAAACGGGACUGUGAGUUCUUGGAAGCUGAGAGAAUAAUGGAUUAUAGCCUUUUAAUCGGAGUUCAUUUCCGAGAUGACAAUACAGGAGACAAGAUGGGUCUUUCUCCAUUCGUUUUGAGAUCUGGUAAGAUAGAGUCAUAUCAAAACGAGAAAUACAUCCGCGGUUGUCGGUUCCUAGAAGCUGAACUUCAAGAUAUGGACCGUAUCUUAGCUGGCAGGAAACCGUUGAUAAGAUUAGGUGCAAACAUGCCUGCAAGAGCAGAACGGAUGGCUAGAAGAAGCGACUUUGAUCAAUAUUCCUCUGGAGGAACAAACUAUUUGUCACACGGAGAGGUAUACGAGGUGGUUUUGUACUUUGGAAUCAUUGACAUUUUGCAAGAUUACGACAUAAGCAAGAAGAUAGAGCAUGCGUAUAAGUCUCUACAAGCGGAUCCGUCUUCAAUCUCAGCGGUUGAUCCAAAACUAUACUCCAAGCGGUUUAGAGAUUUCAUCAGCAGAAUCUUCAUUGAAGACGGCUAAAGAUAAUCAAAAGGUCUCUUCUUGUGUUUCAACUCUAUGGAAUUGAGAAGCCAAAGGGGCAUAUGCUGCUUGAGGGGGGCAAAGGUUGACUUCAUAGCUUGAUGAGGUGAAUUGAAUUCUUUCAUUUUAUAUUAAUGAGAGUGAUGAGGUGAUAAAAAAAAACAAAUUUUUGGGUUGGGGAUUUUAUUUUUCUUUUGGAGGUGAGGAAGAUAUAUGUGAAUAUAGAUUUGUGGAGGUGAAGAAAAGUACAUAAGCUGAGAAAAAAAAAUUGGGGAAUAAGAUAAGUUUAAAUGAAAAGGAUGGGUGUUUUAUAUUAGUCCCAUUUGUUUUA